GAACUAGAUACCAGGCCAUAAACUCUAAAAAAAACAAGGUAUAAUGUGUUUUGUCCUUUUUUAUCAUAGGACAAACCUUUAUGUAGAAAAGAAUGAGAUAUGGAAAAAUAGAUAACAACGAUCAACGGCAAAACUCAAUAAAAGUAGAAACUAAGAAAACCCGAGAAUCAUCGGGAAAACUCUUAAUACAUCAUCAUUAAUUUUACAUCGCUGUGUAUUUAGUGUUAUAGAGUCUUGUACAUUACGUGAUAAAUAAACAGUGCUCUAUUCCUUGCUUUUCUCCGUGAUUAUUGUGUGGCAAAAUGGAUUUUUUAAGUCUGCCUGUCGUUGUGGUAGAAACAAUAUUAUCAUAUUUAUCGUACGAUGAAGUUUCUAAGUACAGAAUGGUGUCCAAAGGUUUCAAUGAGAUAUGCAUGAGGAUGUUAAAUCGUGGAUUCCUGAUGAUAGAGCGGCGACAUGCAUUAGCCUUAAAAGGUGUAAAAGCACAAUUGCCCCGUAGAGAAUCUGAGCGCAGAUAUCAUCCUCUGGCUAGGCACUGUGAUAUUUUGACAUCAAUUGAAACAAGAAUAUCCAUGCUGAACAUGACUUAUUCAAAAUUUAUGGAUUGUGGUAUUUGCUGCUUUAUACCAGGGAAGGUGAUAGACGAAAUUCGUCGUGUUCUCAGUUUAGUUGAGACGUCAAAAACACCGCCACGUGCGCAUGAAGUGUUACAAGAGUUGCGAGACAUUUCUAGCAUGGCUAUCGAGCAUUUCGAUGAUAAAGUAUCGCCUGACUUCCGUAAGAAGUUACACGAGGGAGUCCCCAUCCCGGAACCCAGGCCAUCCCAAGUUUCCUUACUGCCACUAGCACUCCGCCAAGAGAUGUUGGAUCUUCGCCGUCGUACUAUAUUGAACGCGAAACUGUCCUUACAAGUAGCUUCUCAGUACAAAAGGUUUUAUAAACGGAUCGUAGAAUACAAGCAAAUUGUCUGGAGGCAAAGGAAGAUCAUUCGGUAUUUAAAAAAGCGGCAGAGAGAUCAGGACGCUUGUAUGGCUGACUUGAAAAAACGGAUUGAAGAAUGCGAUAUAAAGUACAGCAAGCUCACACACACUGACCAGACUGUCGGAGGGUCUGUUAUUGCUGGUAACAGAAUAUUUACAUCAGCGAAUGACAGUUCAGGAAGUGUUGCUCCGCUACGUCACUUCGGUAGUCAGAUUAAAUUGGAUCUGUCGGUUUUGCCGAUUGGAACUAACAAACGAAACUCUAAUAAAUUGUUGCCAAACAUGAAGCCGCGAAAACCUCAAAUAAGACUGCCAAGCUUAUCGGAAGAUGUUGAUAUGGAUUCAAAUCCAGUACCUUCAACGUCAAAUCAGACUCCCCGCCAAAAAACCCAAUGCACUAUGGCCAAAAUAAGGGGAAUCACCGCUGAGAUUCGACAAUUGAGUAAUCUGUCAAAAACCAUAGAGGGAAAGCUAAAACGUCCCCGUAUAUCAAAUUCUGAAGAGUUGGAAAAUAAAAAACAAAAGUUGCAUUAGUCUGUUGUUUGUGUUAUCUGUGGAUGUGUAUAUUGCGAUGUCUGUAAAAGCUUUUGUCUAUGCGCUCUAUAAGUUAAAAAUAGACAAUUAUUUGAUUAUAGAAAAAUCGAAAAUAGAACGAUUAUUUAAAUAUGUUUUGAUCGUUUUCAUUUGUGCAAUUGAAACGAUUUGCAAUACUUUUGCAAAAUCAUUUUAGAUGGAUAAAUUGAAUAUAGGUAUUAAUAGUUAAUUAAUGUAUGGUCUAACAGUUAUAAUAUUAAAAAAGAUAUAAUAUAGAAAAUGGCUGGUUCUCUUUAUUAAAAGAUUCGUAUCUAAAAUAAGUCUAUGAAAUAUUAAUCACAUAACAGAUACAGGAUUCUAUCACUGUAUCUAUAUAAUUUCAUAAUUUUAUGAACCAGACACAUAGAUUUAACCUCCAGAAAUUAUAAAGCUAUUAGUGUAUUGAAUACUUUGAAUUUGGCAGUACAUUAUUUUAUGCUCUAUUGUGCCAUACUCGCUCAAGUUAUAAAAUAAUCUUAAAUUAAUUGGUGCAUGUCUUUGAACGUAGUAUGAUUGCUAUUAUAUAUACUAUAAUAAUAUAUUUACAUACUAAAAUAUGUAUUUUGGAACAUGGCCGUUCCAGUAUUAUGUAGGCACUAUAGGUUGUCUUAUUUGGUGAUUACUUCAACAAUAAUAAUUAACUUUUUUAAACAUAUUACUCACACAUUGUCUAUGCUUGAAAACGAAAUGCAUUUUCGAGGCUACAAACAAUUAAUACAAUUGUUUAUGUACAAUUAGUACGUAAUGGGGGGACGGGGGGGAUAAAUUGCUUGAACAUCGCUAAGGAAAAGAAUCAAAUGGGCCCAAUCUAGACAUUUUCCAAUACUAAUUCGCGCCAGUGCGAUAUUAGCUUUUUAUAGAAGGAACCGAAUUUAUAAUGAUCCGCUCCGCAGUUUAAACAGGUUUUAUAUAUGAAUACCUGGUGUCGCUGGACCUUAUUAGACGUGGACUAAAGAUUCUUUGUUGAAAGUGGUAACAGUAAGACAUUCUUUGUCUGGGAUUGGAUGGGAUGUUUUGCUUGGCAAGGAAGUAUUCAAAUCUGGUAUGCACGUGAUCGCAGCCUUUUUCUGUCAUGGCUCUUCCCAAUAACCAUGAUAUUAAGGACCGUCAUGUACACGGGUAUAUCGCAGAUGGUAAUUGUGUAUGCGCAACCAGAGAUUAUAUUCAAAAGUGCCAAACGUGAAAACGAUCUUCACAAGAUUUGCAGCCUCUGUCCUAAUUUCUAUUAGCCGCCACAUUGAUUCGAAGUCAUCAAGACUCAAAUUAAAUUAAAAUAGAGUUAAUAAAUUAGUUUUCAAUUUACAAAUCAUCAACACUUCGUAUUAACACUAAAUUUAUUUGGAAAAUUAUCCAAAUACGCUAAGAUUUUCGCAAAAACAAAUUAUUCAAAAUAAUUGUAUCGGGUCGUUUUGGUAUUCUACGUAAUGAUUGUGGAAUUUAAUCUCUAUUAAGAAUUAAAAGAACAACAACUUAUUAUAGUCUUCUUUUUGAACUAAAACGAAAUGAAAGAAUGGUUGGUAAAGAAGAAGAACGUGUGAUUGACUUAUUUUUACUCGAACUAUGGCCAUUUAUAAAAAAUAAAAUUAAAUAAGAAACGGAAACAAGAGAAUUGUGUCCAAAUUAUGCCUCAUAUAAGAUAACUUAUAGAAAAGCAAUAUUGACUGUGAAAGUGAAAAGCAUAUAUAUUAUGUAUUACUUUAUUAUAUAGUAUAACUUUAUACUUAUUUAAGAAAUUCUGUUUUAAGUAAUUUUUUAAAGUAAUGUAGCGACAUAUAAAUUGUUUACUAAUGUUUAGUAUUGUAACGGCUUGUCAUAUUUUGUGUAAGUGGGCUGAUGAAUGUUAAACCUUGUAGAGUUAUUUUCAAUUAUACCGCCUAAAACUGUCUGUAUCGGUGAAAUCAGCUUAUUACGAGGAAAUAAAAUAUGAUUCAAA